AUGGCAUCAACUAAUCAAUUCAUCGAUGGUUCAAGCGAUAGACCCCACCCAGAUUUAGAAACGGUGGAUCUAGGCGACGACAGAGAAGACAAAAUCUCCCCGCAGGAUACCAACAAGAUCGAGCUAACGCAGUCUGCUGCCUACGACGAAUUGGGAUAUAGCUAUCCCGUGUGGAGAAAAUGGCAAAUCCUCUGCGUAAUGUUUUGUAUCCAAAUAUCAAUCAACCUGAACGCAAGUCUCUAUGCGAACGGCGUCGCGGCGAUCUCGAAGGAGCACAAUGUUAGUGAACAAGUUGCGAGAAUUCCUCAGCUGACAUUUCUUUGUGCCUACGCCUUCGGAUGUGAGCUUUGGGCCCCUUGGAGUGAAGAACUUGGGCGAUGGCCAACCCAGCAACUUAGUCUCCUCCUCGUUAACAUCUGGCAGUUACCAUGUGCUCUUGCUCCCAAUUUUGCGACAUAUAUUGUGGUUCGACUCCUUGGGGGUUUGAGUACAGCCGGUGGCUCGGUGACACUGGGAGUUAUUGCGGAUAUGUGGGAGCCCGAUGAUCAGGAAUACGCUGUCGCAUUCCUCGUGCUAUCAUCCGUCGGAGGCUCAGUUGUCGGAGCGGUCGUUGGUGGGUUUGUGGAAGUGCGCCAUCCAUUGGCCUGGAUCUUUUGGGUCCAGCUCCUCGCUGGUGGAUGUGUCCAGAUUAUGCACUUCUUCCUAGUACCGGAAACGCGAGCUACCAUCAUCCUCGACAGGGUAGCGAAGAAGAGACGCAAGGCCGGACCAGGAAAAGUCAACAUCUGGGGUCCACAUGAGAUUCACGGUUUUAAGCUCUCCCUACGAGAAAUUUGGAGAGUAUGGAAACGACCAUUCGUUAUGCUCCUCACUGAGCCUAUUGUUUUGUGGCUUUCGCUACUAAGUGGGUUCAGUGAUUCAUUGAUUUUCACGUUCCUUCAAGGGUUUCAACCAGUCUACAAACAGUGGGGCUUUGGGACAAUUCAAAUAAGUCUUGCAUUUAUACCGCUGAUUAUUGGUUAUUUCCUCGCUUAUCUCUCAUUCCUGCCCUCUAUCCAUAUGUUUAGACAAAGACGACGUAAGAAUGGCUCCGAAUCUGUGCCUCCAGAAGCACGGUUAUGGUGGUUGCUCUAUGUCAUACCCUGUCUGCCAAUUGGCCUUUUUGGCUUUGCAUGGACAACUCUGGGCCCACCAAAUGUCCAUUGGAUCGCACCUAUGAUCUUCACCGUGGUAAUAGGAAUCGCUAAUGUGAGCUCUUCCAAUGCGCGACGCGGAAAGGUUUCUGAUGUCCCACAGUAUUCUAUCUAUCAAUCUUCCAUUGAUUACACCAUUGCAGCAUACGGAGAAUAUGCAGCAUCCGCUACAGGAGGCAACGACUUCGCACGCGACUUUCUGGCUGGAAUUGCAGCUAUGUAUUCCACACCGAUGUUUGAGAACAUUGGUAACAAACAUCCGUACGCGUAUGCUUCUACAAUUCUUGCUUGUGUCUCGAUUUUUGUCACUGCGCCGAUAUAUUUCUUCUACCGCAAAGGUCCUGAAAUUCGUGAGCGGUCACCAUUUGCAAAGAAGAUGAUGGAGAUUAACAGGCAACGUCGACUUUCUCAGGCUGCUAGGGGUGAAAAGGCGGGGGACCACAGUACUCAGGUGGAAAAUGCUCAGGGGGGCGAUGAGUUUACACAUUGA